CCCAUCCAUUUCCGGUUUAAUCUUUCAGAAAUUUGCACAAAAAUUGUUAAGAUUUCAGUCGAUUUAGACAUGUUUAAAUCCUUUGCAUAGGAUAAAAGUACAAAAUCAUCGUUCUAUAAUGACUGAGUUCCAUCUUAGGCGUAUUGGUAUACCUCCAAGUCAUCCUGAAGUAGGGAAUUGUUUGAGGCUAAAGAACCAUAACAAUGCACGAACCACAUUUGGGCGGGACACCUCACAGAGUCACUACAUAGACUCCACACAGUAUGAGAGACUCAUAUCACGACGGCAGGCAGAAAUCACAUGUCUCGAAACUCAAAAUGGUGCUUUACAAUUUGUUCUAAAAGACAUGAGUCUCAAUGGAACAUAUGUGAAUGAUGUCAGGGUAAAUGGGCAGUGUGUCUUGAAUUCAGGGGAUUGUGUCACAUUUGGCCACAUUCAGGGUGUCAAGAUAUCUCCAGGACAAUAUGCUCCCCAGAAAAACUCAGAGGUCAAGUUUGUGUUUGAAGAAGUAACUGAAGACAAUCAGAGCCUGGAGCCUGAGAUAUUGGCACAGACGUCACAGACUGUACAGACACAGAUUAUAAUAAUAUGGAUGGGAGAUGUUUAA